CUAUCGGUCCUGACAAAAGAGCAUGCCAUUCUGCGGAGAGCGAAGGGGAUUUGAGAUGAAAUGGCUGUACCUAUUUAACGUUGAGGUGGCCGGUCGAUCAUGGCCGCAUCCCUCUUCUGCGGUUUGUCGGAGUAGUGCCACCAUACCUCUCACGUAUUACAGCAGGAGUUGAACCAGGCAUAUCGUCUUCUAACCCAGGUUCUGCUGUUUUCUUUUUCUUUGCGCUUGUCGCUGGGAAUUGCCUGACUGAAACAUGACUUCGCCGAAUGACCCUCAAGCCAAGGUGUAUUCCCACAUCAACGGCACCGAGAGCGAUCUCCAAGCUAGACUGAUCGUCUCCGAGCUGUGCAAGGGUUGGCCCGUCUACCGAGACGCAUCCGAGUGGAAGAACUUCCGCUCUCUCUUCUGCGAUGACGCGUAUGUCUGGACAACUUGGAGUAAACGUCAGACUAUCGACAACUUCAUCGAGAAAUCAAAAGAGGGGAAAUCGAAGGGGGAUUUUAUCAUGCAUCGUGAAUGCGGUACGUUGGUUGAGCUCAAUCUUUCGAAAUCCAGGGCCGUCGGCAAGAUGAAAGCGACUAUUACGCAACGGUUUGCGAUUGGGAUGGACGCUUUGAUGGGGACCGAGCCUAUCGUAUUCGACGUGGAUUGCGAUUGUCGGUUCCAUUUCUUCUGCCUUCGCGACUCCGGCUGGAAGGUCAAGUAUGUCAAGUUGAUAUACGAGAAAGACAAGCUCAUACCCGUUGACGGCAAAACCACGCCGAGCUUCGCUAAGGAAACCCUCGAUAGGUACCCGGAGGGGUACAAGUAUCUUGGUGCGGCUCAGAACAUGCUUGGCCACGACGUUGAUAUAUCUCUUCCAACUAUCCAAAAUCCGGAUCUCGGCACAGCAAACCCCCUAUGGUUGGAAUUAUACGACAAGAUGGGGGAGUGGCUUGACGGGGAAGAUGUUGACUUGUCGACCCCUUCAUAGCUGGGGGGAAUCAGCGAGAAGGGGG